GCUUGCCGCCGCCUUCCCCGUCGAAGCUCCCGCCGAAAGGUCUCGGCUGAGCGGACCACUGAAUUAGCAUCGACAUUCCGACGUCCUCGCCUCAGAGGAGCAACACGCCCCGGAGCAAACCCAGACGCGGGAAAAAAAAAAAAAAAAAGCUCCGAUGAUGACGCCGCGAAGCAACGGUGGUCCCCUCGUCGCGUGCUUCUAGCGCACCAGGAGCCACGGCGGAGGGAGGAACUCGGCAAGAGCCAAGUGCAUCGGAGCGCGUUGCCCGCGUGAGUGCCGUUGCUUUUCCUUGCCCGUCCGCGCCCGCCUCCUCACCCGGAAGGACUCAGCAGCCUCCGAACUUGCAGGACCGCUUUGGCCUUUUUUUUUUUCGCCGCUCGAAGACGGUGGCCCCCCUCCCCCUUCCAUCUGCCGAAGCUUUUGGGUUCCCCCCUGGACGGUCCACCCUGGCUGCCCCCUCACUCCCCAAACGCGAGAGUCAAGGUCAGCUUUCCUCCGGACGCUAGACGGCCAGACGUCUACCGGGUCUCCAGGCGCCUCCAGAAGACGCUGGACUCGAAGAAGAGGCGCGUGGUCCCCGACGCGCGCAGUGCGUUUUCGUGGAAGCAGCGCGACAGGAGGCAUGGGACGCCGCGACGGUGCUGUGCGGCCUCUUGAGUAGCGAUGGUCGCGGCCACGACGAUCUGCCCGACGAACUUUGAGCGGCGCCUAUCAGCGGCGGGAUCGAGCGUCAGGGAAAUAUCAUCGCGAUCCCGACGAAGUUUAUCUGAAGGUCAAGCAACCGGGAGGUCCCCCCCACCGCCAGUGCUGCAGAGGGAGACGUCGCGACUUGGACGCUCGGAGCUCGCCGCUCGUUCUCAGACACGUUGGAAAUGGGCUGCGCCUGGAUUGUGUGCCUCUUGGCUUUGGGAUGCCUGGCGGCUCCGAGUCGGCAGUUCGACGUGGGCACGACGUACAAAUACAGCCUGGCGAGUGACGUGUACUUGAACGAAGCGACGUCCAGGCCCUCCGACAAGACCGGCCGAAGCGUGGGCUAUGGACUGCGGGCCAGCACCGCCGUCACCUGCCUCUGGAAGAGUCCACGGGACCCUCUCAACAGGCUCUUCCAGAUCGAGCUGUCCAACGUGCACCUGGCCGUGGUACCGGCAGAGUCCCCGGAGGCCGAGCGCAGCCAGCACGCGUCUCAGUGGGACUCCGCGUCUCCCCUGCCCCUGUUCGUGCUGCAGCAGAGCAACGAGGUAGUCAAGGUCUGGUCGCACCAGGAGUCCCUGGACAGCGUGAACGUCAAAAAGGCCGUGGCCAGCAUGCUCCAGUACCAGCUCACACCGGAGGACAAGCAGCAGGUUGAUGUCUCAGGGAAGUGCCAAGUGAGCUUCAAGACGAACGGAAACCACGUGACGAAAACCAAAUCUGGAUGCACGCAUCCCGACAAAGCCCAGUUCUUUCACCCAAACCCUAUCCAGUCUCCGACGAUAGUGUCCCAGUCGGAGUCGGCUUACGAGCUGCUGCCGGACUUGACGGCACCGAAGAGCGUGCACAUCAAGGAGGAUGUUACCAUGUUCGUCAACGUUUGGAAAGAGGCCAACAUUCGAGUCACCGCGGAACACACCUUUAGGUUGGAGGGCACGUCGCCGUCCGCGAAAUCCUUUGUCGCCAACACUGAAGUCGAAGUGAUACAGCAGCUGACGGCAGGGAAAAAGUUGGUGGAGGACACGAUAGUGGCCAGACCAGAAAUAAAGAAGUGCACGAAGAAUUGCAAAUCCCUGGCCGAAAACGUAAAGUUGUUCGAGGCGAACUUGCGACCCAAGAGUUUGGCCACGCUCAAGUCCUCGGUGUCUUUCCUGCGGCUGCUGCAGAGCUUCAGGGAAGCGUCUGAAAAGGACAUUCACGCCGUCCUCAAGAGCGGAAAAAACAAAAAGAUUGUACCACAAUUGUUGGAUUUAACAGCAGCAGCUCAGACCCUGGCAUCUGUGAAGGCCAGCUUGAAGUUUCUCGAUUUCAACUCGGAAAAUGACCUCGCUGAACGUUUCCUGGUCAGUCUGGUAGCAGCGUCACACCCGAGCUCAUCUAUUAUCACGGAAAUAUUGGCAGUUGCCCAGAAGGACUUGAAGAACGAGAAGAACAAGGCGGCAGCCAUUGCCACUCUCGGGGCCCUCAUCAAAACCUACUGCCGCGCUCAUCCCAAAUGCGCCAAGCAAGGGCCAAUUAGCGCUGCCCUCAAGUUCAUGGAGGGCGAGUUGGAGCGGUGCAAGCAGGAGACCUGCUGGCACACAUACUUGCGAGGCCUGCAGAACGCUGCGCAGCCGUCGAGCAUCAAGAGCAUGCUGUACGCCAUCCGGAAAGGCAGCAAGAAGGCCGUGCUCACUGCGCUGCGAGCUCUCAAGCAGAUUGGAAGCGAGCACCUGAACGACGAGGUGUACGACUUAGUGGAGAAGGUGUACGGCGAAGUGGACAAGAGGCACGACUCGACGGCACGUGCGCUCGCCGCCGAGCUUAUCUUCCUGAGCUCCAGCCUUGGUCGUAUCGAGAGGGUCCUCCAGCGGCUGCCUUCUCACGACGCUCCCGAGCUGUCCACGUUCAUCACGAGCAAGCUGUUUGAGCUGCUAGACCACAAGAACCAAGUUAGGUUGUUCGCAGGAAAGGUGCUCAACAACACUACCGUCGGCAACUAUUACAACCUGGCGCACGGCGGCUCGUCGGCGGCAUUUACGAAAUAUCUGACAAAGAGCGACGAUCUGAACUCGACGUACGGAAUCAACAUGGAGCUCAUUCCUGGCGGACUCCUCAAGGAAAGCUCGGUCGACGUAAGCCUGGAAACGCCCGAAGAGAGCCUCAAUCUUCUCUCUGUGGGGCUGUUCGCCGGCGGCUUGGGCAACGUGGCGGGAGGGGACGACGGUGGCAAUGACGCCAGCCAGGAGGAAGAGGAGGCCACGGCCGGCAUGAGGCUCAUGCUCAUGGGCGCCGAGCUCAGGCCCUACGUCUUCUUCGUGGGCACCUCAGAACUCAUGGGACACGUCUGGUCCGGGACCGGGAGUGAACCGACGCCGGCCCUGCAGGGGAACCUCCUCAUGAUGGACCACUUCCAGUACGUUGCCCUGCUGAAUGGCCUCGUCGUGGAGCUCAAGCUGCAAGGAGUCAUCUCGCUCGACCUGACGGGCAGCAUCCAGAUCUCCCUCUGGAACAGAAAUUCACACUCCGUCGUGAAGACAAGUGGCGCUGCGUUGGUGCAAGCUUCGGCGGCACUGAACAGCGGAGCAGCUUCGAGUAACAUUCAGGUUAACGUCGCCGGGGACACGCACCUCGAGUUCAUAACCGACCUGGAGUUCUACGAGAAGCCCUACAAAAUGUGCAUCCAGAUGACACAACCGGGCUUGGUUCUAAGGCACAACGUGCGCAAGCACGAAGGGGUGACCGGGCGCAAGCACCUGGUGCGGACGCUCAAGAAGCGAUCUCAGACCAUCGCCGGCAAGUCGUACGCGCUGCACCGGAAAAACUGUGAAUAUUGCUCAAUCAUGCUGGCCGAAGUAUGAAAGUCGUCUAGGUUGUCACAAUCCAAUUUUCUCGCAAGAAUAUAUGAUGUUGCCAAUGCCGAAAAUAAAAAAAGGCUGUUUUUAUUUUA